CUAAUGUUAAAGUUCAUAGGUUCGCGCCACAUUGUUUUCCAUAAGAAUGAGACCUCGGGAGUGUAGUCAAAAUGGAUUAAAUGUGUUAUAAAGUGCCUGCUGAUGAAUACAAGUCUGCAGGACGUGUUUGUCACUAAUGAGUGUAUGAUUACAGAGUUAUAAAAGGAAACGGGCUGCAGUUGGGUGUGGGUGUUUAUGGUGCAAUAAGAGCAGGCAUGGUGGGAGAAGAGUUAGAACCGCCUUGAAGUGAGUAUGUCUCUUCAAGAUCCUCCGUAUGAAACCCCCUCAGUCUCAGAGCUGCAGGAGUUCCUGUUGGCAGACAGACGACCGACUGGACACGUCAAUCAAGUCUGGCCCAGCCUUUACAUAGGCAAUGAGGUGGCAGCUCGUGACAAGGGCACGCUCCACAGUCUGGGCAUAACUCACAUUGUAAACGCUGCUCAUGGGCCCCCCAACCCUGGCCCCGGUCCCUGUUUCUACGUCAACACCGGCCCACGUUUCUACAGAGACCUGUCAGUGGAUUAUUAUGGGGUGGAGGCUGAUGAUGCAAUAGAGUUCAUCCUCAGUCCUUUCUUCUAUCCAACGGCUCGAUACAUCAGAGCUGCACUGGCCAUGGGAGGACGGGUGUUUGUCCACUGUCUGAUGGGUGUGAGUCGCUCUGCUACCUUAGUUCUGGCCUUCCUCAUGAUCACUGAGGGCCUGAGGUUGAAGGAAGCAGUCGCUGCCGUCAGACCUCACAGAGACAUCUGUCCAAACCCAGGCUUCCUGCAGCAGCUCCGCAGCCUCGACAUGAGCCUGGAGAGGGAGAGGAGGAGACGCCGACAGGCCCAAACACUAGGUCUGUCAGCCCAGCAGGAGGAAACACCAUCUCUGACAGAGCUGAGGCAAAUUCUCUGGACUAACAGGAAACCAGUGGCGCCUUUCGAUCAAGUCUGGCCGAAGCUCUACUUUGGAGAUGCGUCUGUGGCACAAGAUAAAGCCACACUCUCAUCUCUGGGAGUAACUCACAUACUGAACGCUGCAGCAGGUCGACAUCGGAUCAACACAGGUCAGCGGUUCUACAGUGAUCUCGAAGUGGAAUAUUAUGGGGUUGAAGCUGCAGAUCAUCCAGAGUUUAACCUCCAAUCUUUCUUCAGUUCUGCUGCACAGUUCAUAGACGGAGCUCUGAGGAAAAAUGGGAAGGUGUUUGUUCACUGUGCCAUGGGUGUCAGCCGCUCUGGAGCUCUGGUUUUGGCGUAUCUGAUGAUCUGCCACAGCCUGUCGUUAGUGGAGGCCAUCAUCGCCGUGCGUCUGAACCGAGACAUCGGACCAAACUCUGGAUUUCUGGAGCAGCUCCGACAACUAGAUCUGAGUCUCAGUCCGCAGAGCAGACAGAUUACAGAGCAAGACGGCUCUGAAACAUCCUGAUCUCCCAUUUGUCCUGAUUUGGACACUUUCUUUAUUUGAAUCAACAUUUUCUCUCAUAACAAAUAAACCUGAAAUAACUGAAA